UUCCAGGCUGCUAGAAAUUCAUACCUCCCUCUCUUCCCCUUAUUUUUUUUAUUUUUCUCACCUCUCAUCCAAGCGUUGCUCAUUACUCCAACCCAUCGCAUUUUGUCCCAUCCUCACAUCAUGUUCUGGGGAAAGCAUCACGACGACACGCCCGAAGUGGCCCAACAACCGCCCAUUCCUCGCAAGAAGCUCCCUUCACAUUUGCAGAAACUCGCCGACAACGACGACAGUUUCUAUGAUGACAUUUAUUCCUCAUACUCCGUAGACUCCACCGAAACCCCCUACCGCUACGCCGGAUACGCCAACCGACUCCGCACCGUCUUACUCUCCGCCCACCGCUACGUCGCCUACACCUCCGACAUAGGCGAAUCCUUUCGCCCCGUCGCCCACCCCUGGCUAGUGCGAUCCGCCUACGGCAUUUCCUGGACCUAUCUAAUCGGCGAUGUCGCCCACGAAGGCUACAAAGCCUACCUCCGCAAUCGCCGCGUCCUAGCGCCUCCCUGCGAGGCCUACAAAGAUGCCAGCGACCUUACCCACGAGCAAGUCGCCAAGGGCAUGGUAACCGGCAACAUCGCCGGCUCUUUAACAGGCAGUAGCAGCAGCGAUACGCUGAUGCCAUGGCCCACGACUCACGUUCCCCUGGCUGAGGACUACCGCACAGUUAUGGCCCAGCGCGCCGUGUUCCAAGGUAUCGCCAGUAUGGGUCUUCCGGCCUUUACCAUCCAUUCGGUGGUCAAGUACUCUGGGCGCAUGUUGAAGAACUCCCGGAAUGUCUUUUUCCGUACUUGGGCGCCUAUCGGGCUCGGUCUCUCCGUCGUGCCUUUCCUCCCCUACCUAUUCGACAAGCCCGUCGAAGAGGCCGUCGAAUGGGCCUUCCAUACCGGACUUCGUGCGUAUGCCGGUGAAGAUGCAGUCCGUCCGUUGCCUCAGGCCGUGAGGACGCCUCAUGACGAGGAGACCUCCCUCAGCCAUUUCCUCCGGGCCCAGGCUGAGAAGAAUAACGGCGAGGUCAUGGGCUACGAUGCGAACGUCUCCUGGGAGAAGUAUAAGGAGGAACGCCGUCGAGCGAAGGAGCAGCGCAUGCAGGAGCGUGAGCAGCGCGGCGAGAGGGGCCCGUUGUCGUUGUUGGGUUUCGGGUCGAAUUCGAAAGAGAAGAAAGAGUGAUUGAUUGAUUGAUUUUUUUUCUAUACCUUUGUUUCUUUAUCCCCUUCAUUUUAGCUCGGUUUUUUAUCUAGUUGCCCGGGUUUUUUCUUAUGUCAUUGGCGAUGGAGGGAUGGAUGAAAUGGUUCUGACUUGAUUCUUAUUAUUAUUCG